GGUAACCCGAGCGGAGGGAGGAGGGGCGCCGCGGUGGGCGGGCGCCGGGGCCGCGGGACUCAGGAAGCGCCGUGUCCCGGCCGCCGGCGCCGCGCGGUCCGGAGGCCCAGCCGUGAGGACGCUCGAGGCCAGCAUGGCCGAUCCCAGCGAAGGCCCCCGCGCGGGGCCUGGCGAGGUGGCUGAUUCCCCCGGGGAUGAGAGUGGCACCGCCGGGGGGGAGGCCUUCCCCCUCUCUUCGCUGGCCAACCUGUUCGAAGGGGAGGAGGGGUCCCCCUUGCCCUCACCGCCCGAUGCUGCUCGCCCGGUCGCUGCCGCCGCUGCGGGCACAGGCGAUGGGCGACCAAACCUGCGCAUGAAGUUCCAGGGCGCCUUCCGCAAGGGGGUGCCCAACCCCAUUGACCUGCUGGAGUCCACCCUGUACGAGUCCUCAGUGGUGCCCGGGCCCAAGAAAGCGCCCAUGGAUUCGCUCUUCGACUAUGGCACCUACCGCCACCACCCCAGUGACAACAAGCGGUGGCGGAGGAAGGUCUUAGAGAAGCAGCCGCAGAGCCCCAAGGCUCCUGCGCCCCAGCCGCCCCCCAUCCUCAAAGUCUUCAACCGGCCCAUCCUCUUCGACAUCGUGUCCCGGGGCUCCACUGUCGACCUGGAUGGGCUGCUCCCCUACUUGCUGACCCACAAGAAGCGCCUGACUGACGAGGAGUUCCGGGAGCCUUCCACGGGGAAGACCUGCCUGCCCAAGGCCCUGCUGAACUUGAACAACGGCCGCAACGACACCAUCCCCCUGCUGCUGGACAUCGCCGAGCGCACCGGCAACAUGCGCGAGUUCGUCAACUCGCCCUUCCGGGACAUCUACUACCGAGGCCAGACCGCCCUGCACAUCGCCAUCGAGCGCCGCUGCAAGCACUACGUGGAGCUCCUGGUGGCCCAGGGGGCCGACGUCCACGCCCAGGCGCGGGGGCGCUUCUUCCAGCCCAAGGACGAGGGGGGCUACUUCUACUUCGGUGAGCUGCCCCUGUCGCUGGCUGCCUGCACCAACCAGCCCCAUAUCGUCAACUACCUGACGGAGAACCCCCACAAGAAGGCGGACAUGCGGCGGCAGGACUCCCGCGGCAACACCGUGCUGCACGCACUGGUGGCCAUCGCCGACAACACCCGGGAGAACACCAAGUUCGUCACCAAGAUGUACGACCUCCUGCUGCUCAAGUGUGCCCGCCUCUUCCCCGACAGCAACCUGGAGGCCGUGCUCAACAACGACGGCCUCUCGCCCCUCAUGAUGGCCGCCAAGACGGGCAAGAUCGGGAUCUUUCAGCACAUCAUCCGCCGGGAGGUGACGGAUGAGGACACCAGACACCUGUCCCGCAAGUUCAAGGACUGGGCCUACGGGCCCGUGUAUUCCUCGCUCUACGACCUCUCCUCCCUGGACACGUGUGGGGAAGAGGCCUCGGUGCUGGAGAUCCUGGUGUACAACAGCAAGAUUGAGAACCGCCACGAGAUGCUGGCCGUGGAGCCCAUCAACGAGCUGCUGCGGGACAAGUGGCGCAAGUUCGGGGCCGUCUCCUUCUACAUCAACGUGGUCUCCUACCUGUGCGCCAUGGUCAUCUUCACCCUGACCGCCUACUACCAGCCGCUGGAGGGCACCCCACCGUACCCUUACCGCACCACCGUGGACUACCUGAGGCUGGCCGGGGAGGUCAUCACGCUCUUCACCGGGGUCCUGUUCUUUCUCACCAACAUCAAAGACUUGUUCAUGAAGAAAUGUCCCGGAGUGAAUUCUCUCUUCAUCGAUGGCUCCUUCCAGUUGCUCUACUUCAUCUACUCCGUGCUGGUGAUUGUCUCGGCGGCCCUCUACCUGGCAGGGAUCGAGGCGUACCUGGCGGUCAUGGUCUUCGCCUUGGUCCUGGGCUGGAUGAACGCCCUUUACUUCACGCGUGGGCUGAAGCUAACAGGGACUUACAGCAUCAUGAUCCAGAAGAUCCUCUUCAAAGACCUGUUCCGCUUCCUGCUGGUCUACUUGCUCUUCAUGGUCGGCUACGCGUCGGCCCUGGUGUCCCUGCUGAACCCGUGCGCCAACAUGAAGGAGUGCGGCGAGGACCACGCCAACUGCACGGCGCCCACGUACCCCUCGUGCCGCGACAGCGACACCUUCAGCACCUUCCUGCUGGACCUGUUCAAGCUGACCAUCGGCAUGGGCGACCUGGAGAUGCUGGGCAGCACCAAGUACCCCGCCGUGUUCAUCGUGCUGCUGGUCACCUACAUCAUCCUCACCUUCGUGCUGCUGCUCAACAUGCUCAUCGCCCUCAUGGGGGAGACGGUGGGCCAGGUCUCCAAGGAGAGCAAGCACAUCUGGAAGCUACAGUGGGCCACCACCAUCCUGGACAUCGAGCGCUCCUUCCCCGUGUUCCUGCGGAAGGCCUUCCGCUCCGGCGAGAUGGUGACCGUGGGCAAGAGCUCAGACGGCACCCCCGACCGCCGAUGGUGCUUCAGGGUGGACGAGGUGAACUGGUCUCACUGGAACCAGAACUUGGGCAUCAUUAACGAGGACCCGGGCAAGAACGAGAGCUACCAGUACUACGGCUUCUCCCACACCAUGGGCCGCCUCCGGAGGGAUCGCUGGUCCUCCGUGGUGCCGCGCGUUGUGGAACUGAACAAAAACUCGAACCCAGACGAGGUGGUGGUGCCUCUGGACCACAUGGGGAACCCCAGCUGCGACGGCCACCAGCAGAGCUACCCCCCCAAAUGGAGGACUGAUGAUGCCCCCCUCUAGGGGCUGCAGGCAGGGGCAUGGUCUCCGGCCUGCAGCCACCCCCUUCCCCUCCACCCACCAUUUCGAGUCCACCUGCAUUUCAGCCACAUGUCCUGUUGACCCAGAGGUGAGGGCCAGGCAGACGCCAGGAUGGCCCUAGGACCCUCUGGCCCCAGGCUCCUGCCCCAGCUCCCCUCCCCCCCUCACCCAGGCACAGGGCUCCUGGCCGCCUGUCUCACUCCCAUGGAGUCACAUAAGCCAAAGCCGGGCCUCCUGCCCACAGGGGCUCCCCAGCCCCUCAUUAUUUAUUUGUUCUGCUCUCAGGAAAACAGCAUGACACCCCACCCCCCGCCCCCCAAUGGAACCUGGCAGAGGCCUCAGGACCCUGUUCCGGGUCCCAGGUGCACUGCGGGCCCAGCACCCACCCCAUCCUGCGUCCUGGGCUGCACACAGCACCGGGAGCUGCAGUGAGGGGCCUUUGGGGGUGGGGAGGGG